AUGAGGGCCAUGAGGGCGGCGGGGGCGGCGGCGGCGGCUGCGACCGCGGUGGCGCUGGCGGUGGCGGCCUGGCGGCGAGCCCGGCCCGUGCGGGAGGUGCUGUUCUUCCCCUCACGGCCCUGCUGCAUCGAGGCGCUGCUGGCCGAGGCGGCCGAGCCCGGAGCGCCCGCCCGGCCCUGCCCGUGCCCGCUGCCCAGCGGCGACACCGCCCUGAGCCGCCUGGUUCGCCGCCUCCUCUCCGCCCGCCGCUCGCUCGAUCUCUGCCUCUUCUCCUUCUCCUCCCCUCAGCUCGCCCGUGCCGUGCAGCUCCUGCACCGCCGCGGGGUCCGUGUCCGCCUGGUGACGGACGCGCAGUACAUGGGGCUGCACGGCUCCCAGAUCGGCCGCCUGCGCCACGCGGGGAUCCAGGUGCGCCACGACCAGCACAGCGGGUACAUGCACCACAAAUUCGCCAUCGUGGACCGGAGGAUGCUCAUCACAGGCUCCCUCAACUGGACCACCCAGGCCAUCCAGAGCAACCGGGAGAAUGUGCUGGUCGUGGAGGACGCCGAUUAUGUGAAGGCUUUUCAGGAUGAGUUUGAAAGGAUUUGGGAAGAGUACAAUCCUGCCAAUUACAGUUUUUUUUCCGAAAGGCAGUAAAUGACUGAGCUGUCUCACAGGGCUAGUGGAGCAUGGUAACACCCACAGGUUUUAUUCUUAUGUAUAAACAUCACCGUUUCGUCCAUCUGGGUGUAACUCUGGUAAAUGUUUCUAGAGGAGUGAAGUGUUCUCUGCCCUAAAAUGCCACAGAUCCCUUGCUGUGAUCAUUCCCGUGCUAGCAGGAAUGACACAACUGUUUGGUCGUGAGGGUGACAGAGCUCCAUUCCAAAGGCAUUAAGACUUUGGGCAGGCUUUGUGCCCUGGUGCCCACCAGGUGUGUUCAUACAGUGCUGAGCAGCUGAGCAUGUGUUUCAGUGGUAAAGGGAACCAACUCGGGAUAUGGAACGGAACUGUAGCCAAUUCCAAAUGGAACUGUAGCCCAAGGGCUCCUCUACACCCGUAACUAAAGGAGAGAUAAGACGGCUACAGCACAGUUAAGAGUUUCUAUAGAUUGAGUGCCUCGGUUACAUUUCUUGUUGGCAUUAAUUGUUGAAAGUUGGUAAAAGGAAAUUCUUGGGAAGUAGCAAAAAAA